ACCGGAGUUCGUCCGGUAAUGUCAUGAGUGGGAACGUCUCGGAAACCAUCUGGUCUAGAUAAGAUGAACACACCAAGAGGAAUUGUUAUGUUUUUGAAGACAAAGUAAACUUCGAGGAGCGUUUGUUUGGAUGAAAUUAACAGAAAAAACGUUAGGAUAUAAUAUAAACAUAACAUCACAACGGACAGGGGGAGCAGUGAAGCUAUAAUCUGAGUAUGGGCCCUGAGGAGCUGCCUGACCUUAUGGACACGAUGUCGAGCACUCCUCCUCCCUCUCCUCGUCCUGUCUGUUCAUCAUUCUCACCUCCUUACUGCUCUCCACCGUUCGUGACCUUACGCUCCCCUGCCACUCGUCACCUGACUCAGCUCGACCCCUGGAGGAGACACAGCUGGGAACCUGGAGCUGUUGCACAGGGAUAUCCACCCAAUGACACACGCAGUGUUAGUCUUGAAGAUCUGGAUCCGGAUGAGAUGUCCUUAGUGCUAAACGGUGCACUGAGGUCAAAAAGAGCUCGAGAGGCCCGCAGGUCUGUCACUCAAGCUUCCCUGACAUCACUCACCGAGGAGGAAGUUGGAGCAGAGCAUCAGGAACAUCAUCAAUCAGCGCUGGAGGUGCAGUCCAAUCAGAUGCAUGGCUGCAGUGUCUCCGCCCCCAGCCUGUGUAUCAUGCAGCAGAUGCCCAGAAGCUCCGCCCCUCGCCCGCGUUCCUACUGCCAUGAACAUUUUUCUUGUCUUGUUCGGUGUAAUCUAGAGAGUGUUUCGUACCACCAGAUUGGAGGAUCAUCUCACAGUAUAGACAGCGAGUUUGCUUCUCCGGAUUGGGACAUAGAUAGAGGGCAAAUAAAGGCUGAGGGGCACAAAAACAAAGAGGAUGCCUCAGGAAAUCGUCUGGAGCGAACACUGAGCUUCCUGCGCAAGAUGGCUGCUAAAAGCAAGUUCCAGACGCUUAUAUGUGCAUGCACACACACAAACAAUCACACAUGGGUCCAGUCAGCUGUUUGAAGCCUGAUCUGGUCCCAUUCACACAUAGGGAGGAAGGAGCUUGUGAAAGGACAGACCACAGGCACAAACUCAAAGCAGCAUGACCGGCUUUGUUUUUAACUUUGUUAGCAUUUAGGUAUUAAUUCUUUACCGUUUAGAGGGAACUUUUUGAUUGUAUUGUACAACAUUUUCAGCUUUGAAAAGUUAUUUUAAACUUUAAGAUAAGGCAUCAUUUUAUUAUUAAACUUAUUUGUAGC